AUGAAUAAUAAAGAUUAUUUGAAAAAAUAAUUGGAAUAUAAAUCUAAUCUUGUAGGAUAAGGAUUUCAUACUUAAUUAGAAGAUAAUAAACAUGCAUGUGUUAAUAUAUUUGGAGAAAUAUUAGAAGCUUCAAAUUUCGAUAAUGAGUAAUUAUUUAUAUAAUGGAAAUUCAAAAUCCCUCCUGGAUGGGAAUUAGAUGAUAAUGAAUUAUUAGAACUAGAUUAAAAAGAAUAUGAAGAUAUAUAAUUAGAAGAAUGGAAUAGAAUGUAUUAUAAAAUUUUAAUAUAUCAGAUAGUCUAUAACUCAAUAAUCAAAAAUAAAUACAAUAAAAAAUGAUGAUGGCACAAUUAUAGCUAAGGCAAAUUUUUGUUUCCCUUUUGAUUUACAAUUGUAAGUUGAUGAAAAUGAAUUAAAUUUUGGUAAAUUUCCUUAACUGCUUGUUUAAGUAAGUUCAAUGGAUUCAUGGGAAAGAAAUUAUAUAUAAGGAUAUGGAUUCAUUGAGAUACCACAUACUCCAGGAUUUCAUGAAAUCACAAUUAAAACUUUUAGGCCUAAUGAUGAUCUAUAUACAAGAGUUUAUGAAUUCUUUUUAGGGGGUGGCACAAAAGUUAAAGAUUUAGAUUCACUUUCUAAUGCAUUUUAUUUUGAUAAAUAAAAUCAACCUAAAGUUUUAAAUAGAUUUCCAAUUGAUACUGAAAGUUCAGGAAACAUUAAAAUAAGAGUUAAUGUAUCUAUUUAAAGAGAGUAUUAAUUUUAAUUUUAUUUAUAGAUCCUAUUAAACAAUGAGUCGAAAAAAGGAUUAUUAAUAAAAAAAUUAAGAAAUGAAAACAAAAUAUAGAGAAAGAUUGGAAUAUUUAUAACAAUAAUAGGAAAUCUAGACUGGUUUACCAACUGCAUUAAUAAAAACAGAUAUGGGUUAUGUUAAUAGAUUUCAUACAACUAAUUUACCAUAAUUUUGAAUUUAU